GCGCUGGUCACUCGCUCGGCUCGGCUCGGCUCCGGGCCGGACGAAACAAAGGCUCGGUAACGCAGUUGCUAGAGCGCCGCCGGUCGCCUGGUAACCGCCUGCUGCCUCUUUAUCCGGGGGCGUCUCCUGGCUGGGGGCGGGGUGGAGCUGAAGUCCCCAUGGGCAUCCGCUUGCUUUCUCGGCGGCUUGCCGCGUCCCGGAGCUAGUGCUGGUAUCCGCUCCCGCUUCUAUGUGGGCUUGUGGCAGCGGCGCUGCCAGCCGCGUGGUUCCUGGUGGGCGGCCUCUCCAGGCAACGGGUCGCUUCCCAGCGAGCGCGCCCUGGCCCCGCCGGCGUUGCCCGGGAGCGCCAUGAGUUCGGAAACGCCCCGCGCCUCGCUCCUCCGCGCCCUGUUUAAGAUGGAGCCGGCAGCAGCCGCCUCCGAAGUGCUUGGGGGAGCCUCGGAGUUCGUGAAAGAUCGGUUGUACUUUGCAACUUUAAGAAACAAACCGAAAAGCACCGCAAAUACACACUACUUCUGUACUGAUGAGGAACUGGUCUAUGAAAAUUUCUAUGGAGAUUUUGGACCUUUAAAUUUGGCAAUGUUAUACAGAUACUGCUGUAAGCUAAAUAAGAAGCUAAAGGACAUUAUCACACGUCAAACUAAGAGGUCUGCCCUGGUACACUGGUUGUUUCCCUGCACUCUUAUCUACAAUUACUUCAGCCUAUCAAGAAAGAAGAUAGUCUACUACACCAGUUUUGACCAGAGGAAACGAGCGAACGCAGCGUUUUUAAUAGGUGCAUAUGCUGUAAUAUACUUGAAGAAGACACCAGAAGAAGCUUACAGAACACUUUUGUCGGGAUCUAAUCCACCAUAUCUUCCAUUUAGGGAUGCUUCAUUUGGGAACUGCACCUACAAUCUUACCAUCUUGGACUGCUUACAGGGAGUAAACAAGGCCUUGCAGCAUGGGUUUUUUGACUUUAAGACUUUUGAUGUGGAUGAAUAUGAACACUAUGAGCGAGUGGAAAAUGGUGACUUCAACUGGAUUGUUCCUGGAAAAUUCUUGGCAUUCAGUGGACCUCACCCAAAAAGCAAACUUGAAAAUGGUUAUCCUCUUCAUGCACCUGAAGCCUACUUUCCCUAUUUCAAGAAACAUAAUGUCACCUCCAUCAUAAGACUGAACAAAAAAAUUUAUGAGGCAAAACGCUUCACUGAUGCUGGUUUUGAGCAUUAUGACCUGUUCUUCAUAGAUGGAAGCACACCAAGUGACAGUAUAGUUCAGAGGUUCCUCAACAUCUGUGAGAACGCCGAUGGUGCCAUUGCUGUACACUGUAAAGCUGGCCUGGGGAGAACAGGAACACUUAUUGCCUGUUACAUCAUGAAACACUACAAGUUCACACAUGCUGAAGCCAUUGCUUGGAUAAGAAUAUGUCGACCAGGCUCUAUUAUUGGACCCCAGCAACACUUCUUGGAAGAGAAACAAGCAAUGUUAUGGCUGGAGGGAGAUCUCAUCCGAUCAAAGCAGAAACGAGGAGUGGUCGAUGGAAACAUUAACAGAGUUCUUUGUGGUUUGAGUGACAUUUCAAUCAGUGACAGCCUGAGUAAAGUGCAAGGCUUGGAUCAAUGUGGGGAGAUUGAUUUUGAAGACAAAGCAGGUAUGGAAACUCAGAAUGACAUAACACAGGGAGAUAAGCUUAACGCCUUAAAAAGUCGGAGACAGCAAUGUUCUGCUGCAGCUGGAGCUCUGAGGUUGCAAGACAUGAAACUGCACACGAGGUCAAUAUCACAACCUUUCAGGCUGAAUACUUCAGGUAGCACAGAAGUAUCCAUGUCACCUCUGAAGGCCUCCAAAGUGAUGGCAGUUAAUUCACCAUCUGCAGAAAGAAUAAGCAGAAUUCCCACAUCCUCGGGCUCUAACCUUAAAAGCUUUUCCAUAAACUCCAGACUAGCCAGUUCUCUAGGGAACCUGUACGCUGCUUCAGAUGAUGAUGAAAGCAGAGUGACAUCCUUGUCCUCUAGGACAGGUUUUUCUGUAAGCCAUAUCUCCAGCCACUUGAAUGGUAGCUUGCAGCUGCCUCACAGAAAUAACCAUGAGCUGAACAACAACUUAUACAACAGAAACAGCAGUAGUGGCAACCACCUGAGCAGCCAAACCAGUUUUCACAGCGCCGUGACAGAUGAGUACGCAUCAACCUUCCUUUACGGGCCUUACAACUCCUCCAGCACCCUGCCAGAGGCAGUCAAUUCCCCCCCUUCAGUCUGAAUUUUUUCAGUACUAAAGCCUUGCUGCUUUGGUGAAACCUGAUGAGCUCUUAAAAUUGAAGUCCUUCCUGAAGAGGGAAAAGAACUGAACACAAGCUGCUCGCUCUGAGGAGGAAUCUUCAAUACAAGACACAUGAAAACCUUCACACCAAGAGGAGACUUCUAAACAGGCAGAUAUUUCUUAUUAAUAACUACUGCAGGUACACUGAUGUUGAAUUUCUGGAAAUUAUUACCCCAUACUAUAUACAGAUUUAAUUUUUUAAUACUGAGACAGCUUGAAUAUAUUUCUAAUGAUUUUCAUUAGGACAUUUUAUUAACUUGUGUACAGUGUUAUGUAUUAAGAGAAUAUUUUGGUAUGCAGUAUAUAUAAAAUUAUGUAAAAAUGAGAUUAUUUUAAUUUAAUAUCCACUUUGCUACAAAAAUGUUUUUACAUGUUUAUCAAAGAUAUGCAAAGUUUUUCAUGAACAAGAUGUUUUUUCUUGUUGUCUGGGUCCAUCAUCAUUGCUUAGAGCCUGAUGUAAUUGCUUUUCCACUAAUUGGCCUUCUGGUAACUCAGUGGAAGUCUAACUAGUGAGACUAGUUACUACUCAAUCAACUGAAAGCACUUGAUACAUAGUCUGCUUUCCACUUUCAGCUGCUAAUGUUUCAUAAGGCAACGCUUAUGAAAGAAAAACAAAGGGAAAGUGUUUGUUGAAAUGUAAUGCAACUUGGAUCUUUCACUGCAAAGAGAAAGUAACUGAUCUGAUCAUUCAGCUGCACAAUUCAUGUUUGGGUUUUUUUUUCAACUCAUUUUAAUUUUUACAUGUAGACUGUUAUAUUUUGCUAUGCAAUAUAUACUGCAAAAAGGCAGACCAAAUGUAAGCUGCUAUUGUACUAUGAAUUUGGCAAUGCUGCAUACUUAGGUGUUUUUAACCUGUUUGGCAGCAUGUGUCCAGUUUCAUUAUCACAGCACUCUAAAGUAAACUUUCGUUCAUCCAUGUUUAAUAAACCUUUUAAUUGGAAAACUACUGUUUAAAUAUACAGUAUCACAGUAUCACCAAGGUUGGAAGUGACCUCAUAGAUCAUCAAGUCCAACCCUUUACCACAGAGCUCAAGGCUAGAACAUGGCACCAAGUGCCAUGUCCAAUCCUGCCUUGAACAGCUCCAGGGACAGCAACUCCACCACCUCCCCGGGCAGCCCAUUCCAGUGGGCUGGAAUGACUCUCUCAGUGAAGAACUUUCUCCUCACCUCAAGCCUAAAUCUCCCCUGGCGUAGCUUGAGGCUGUGUCCUCUUGUUCUGGUGCUGGCCACCUGAGAGAAGAGAGCAACCUCCUCCUGGCUACAACCUCCCCUCAGGUAGUUGUAGACAGCAAUAAGGUCACCCCUGAGCCUCCUCUUCUCCAGGCUAACCAAUCCCAGCUCCCUCAGCCUCUCCUCGUAGGGCUGUGCUCAAGGCCUCUCCCCAGCCUCGUCGCCCUUCUCUGGACACGCUCAAGCAUCUCAAUGUCCCUCCUAAACUGGGGGGCCCAGAACUGAACACAGUACUCAAGGUGUGGUUACAGCCUCCUAUAUCACAGAAUAUUUUGGUCAGUAGUAAAGAUGGUUUGUAAUGUAUGGUUUAAUCAGGUAUGCUUAGAAAUUAGACUUGCAAUUAAGUGGUGUUAUGGUGAAGUACUAGAGACCACAUACAAAAUUCUCAGAACUCCACAAGUGCAUAGUAAGCAAUGUAAGGAGAUGCCAGGAGUAGAUUUGCCACUAAUUUAGAAGACAAAAACACCACAGGUUUGUUACCUGAGCUUUGUGAGGAGGUCCACGGAAACUUCAAAAUAACACUGGGUUGAAUUGUCAGUCUUUCUUCCUGAAGCCCUGUAAAUGCCCUGUGUUAGCUUCACAACCCAAAUUAAGUGCCACAUUAUGUUCCAAAAAGACCAGAUCACAAAUUGCUAUGGAAAGUUGUACUCUGAGUGCUGACAAGCAAUACUGAGAGCAGCUGUAUAAAUGACUGAAUAGAAGUUGCAUACAAUACUGUUACUUUUUUCCACAACUGUGUAUAUGUAGAUAUACACACACAAAGUAGCACAUGUGUGUGAAUAUAUAUACAGCAUAACUGUACAUGAAUUAUAGAAGAGCAGUCAGGUAAUUCUACCUCUUAUAAAGAAUUUUGGCAUGUACUUUGCUAUACUCUUCCAUAUUAAAAUACUGUUUAAUUUUGAAAUGUAGAUAUAUAUAUAUAUAUAUACACACACACAGGGCUAAUUGAUAAUAAAAUGCCUGUAUCAGACAGCA